GUGAAAAGAAUGCCAUAUACUGAAAGAAUAGGAAGAUGAUGAUGAGUAAAAAUGUGAUUGUGGUGUUGGUAUGGGUGAUGAUGGGAUUGGCGGAUGCCCAAAAUCGGCCGAAAGACUACGUGAAUGCACACAACGUGGCCCGAGCGACGGUGGGUGUGGGACCCCUUGUUUGGAACGAGACGCUGACUCAGUACGCCAGGGAAUAUGCCCACGUGCGCUCUGCGGAUUGCGCAAUGCAGCAUUCCGAUGGGCCCUACGGCGAGAACCUAGCGGCGGGGAGCUGGAACGUCAGCGCCAAGGAGGCUGUGGACAUGUGGCUCGACGAGAAGCCUCUCUACGAUGAGAAUACCGGCGACUGCAUCGGCGGCGGCCUUGAUUGCCGGCACUACACGCAGGUUAUGUGGGGAGACUCCAAAUGCCUCGGCUGUGCUCAUACUCAUUGUCCCGAUGGUUGGACCUUUAUUACUUGUAACUAUGAUCCUCCCGGCAAUUAUAUCGGAGAGCGUCCCUAUUGAUUAUUCAUCUCAAA